UUAUGCAACGAUUUACUAGAACUCUUGGAAGAGGAUUCCAUCUAUUUUGAUGUGAUUAUUGAAGUUGGAGAAGAAACGCCAAAUAAGAAACUAUUUCAAGCACAUUCGGUAAUAUUACACUACAGAUCACCUUAUUUUCGUCAGGUGUUAGUAAGUUCUACGAAGAAUGAAGAUGAUGA